GACCCGGUGGAGAGCCCCCUGCCUCCUUCCAGGACCCGGCGGAGAGCCACCUGCCUCCUUCCAGGACCCGGUGGAGAGCCCCCUGCCUCCUUCCAGGACCCGGUGGAGAGCCCCCUGCCUCCUUCCAGGACCCGGUGGAGAGCCCCUGCCUCCUUCCAGGACCCGGUGGAGAGCCCCCUGCCUCCUUCCAGGACCCCGCGGAGAGCCACCUGCCUCCUUCCAGGACCCGGCGGAGAGCCACCUGCCUCCUUCCAGGACCCGGCGGAGAGCCCCCUGCCUCCUUCCAGGACCCGGUGGAGAGCCCCCUGCCUCCUUCCAGGACCCGGUGGAGAGCCACCUGCCUCCUUCCAGGACCCGGCGGAGAGCCCCCUGCCUCCUUCCAGGACCCAGCGGAGAGCCCCCUACCUCCUUCCAGGACCCGGCGGAGAGCCCCCUGCCUCCUUCCAGGACCCGGCGGAGAGCCCCCUGCCUCCUUCCAGGAACCGGCGGAGAGCCCCCUGCCUCCUUCCAGGACCCGGCGGAGAGCCACCUGCCUCCUUCCCGGACCCGGCGGAGAGCCCCCUGCCUCCUUCCAGGAACCGGCGGAGAGCCCCCUGCCUCCUUCCAGGACCCGGCGGAGAGCCAGCUGCUCUCCUUGCAGGACCCGGCGGAGAGCCAGCUGCCUCCUUCCAGGACCCGGCGGAGAGCCAGCUGCCUCCUUCCAGGACCCGGCGGAGAGCCCCCUGCCUCCUUCCAGGACCCGGCGGAGAGCCCCCUGCCUCCUUCCAGGACCCGGCGGAGAGCCACCUGCCUCCUUCCAGGACCCGGCGGGAGCCACCUACCUCCUUCCAGGACCCGGCGGAGAGCAACCUACCUCCUUCCAGGACCCGGCGGAGAGCCACCUGCCUCCUUCCAGGACCCCGCGGAGAGCCACCUGCCUCCUUCCAGGACCCGGCGGAGAGCCACCUGCCUCCUUCCAGGAUCCGGCAGAGAGCCACCUGCCUCCUUCCAGGACCCCGCGGAGAGCCACCUGCCUCCUUCCAGGACCCCGCGGAGAGCCACCUGCCUCCUUCCAGGACCCGGCGGAGAGCCACCUGCCUUCUUCCAGGACCCGGCGGAGAGCCACCUGCCUCCUUCCAGGACCCGGCGGAGAGCCACCUGCCUCCUUCCAGGACCCGGCGGAGAGCUACCUGCCUCCUUCCAGGACCCGGCGGAGAGCCACCUGCCUCCUUCCAGGACCCGGCGGAGAGCCACCUGCCUCCUUCCAGGACCCGGCGGACAGCCACCUGCCUCCUUCCAGGACCCGGCGGAGAGCCACCUGCCUCCUUCCAGGACCCGGCGGAGAGCCACCUGCCUCCUUCCAGGACCCAGCGGAGAGCCACAACCUCCUUCCGGGACACAACGAAGAGCUACCAACCUUCCAGAACACAACGAAGAGCUACCAACCUUCCAGAACACAACGAAGAGCUACCAACCUUCCGGGACACAACGAAGAAAAAACUGACGUUAAAUGAGUGA